GCGCACGCGCACGCGGCUCUAUAACGUUCGACUCGUAAGUGACGUCACCGGUUGAAAGGUUAGCGAAAGUCCUCCAUCUUUGCUAUUGCCUCGUCCCUUGCUCGACGUCCAUACAGCCAAAUAAAGCACAUUAAACGCGUUGCACGUUUCAGCCAUGCAGCAGUGCGAGAACUUCUGGACAAAGCUCGGCGAAGGUUUUGUGCAGGUGUACUACAACCAGUUUGACAACACCAACAGAAUGGACCUAGUUAACCUAUACGCUGAAGGUGCAACUAUGACAUGGGAAGGAAGCUUUUACCAUGGGAGAGAAGCAAUCGGUGCCAAACUUACCAGCUUGCCCUUCCAGAAAAUUCAACACAAGAUUACAGACAAAGAUGUGCAGCCCACGGUGGAUAAUAGCAUCCUCAUUAUGGUGUUUGGACAGCUACAGACUGACAACGAUCUACCAAUGGUCUUUCAUCAAGUGUUCAUGCUGAAGGCCCAGAACGGCAACUGGGUGUGCACGAAUGACGUGUUCCGGUUGGGUAUACACAACAUAGGAGUGUAGCAGUCAACAGCGCAUCACGGCGGCGAUGUCAAUAUGGAGGGCAUUUUAAUGUUCCUCAGUGUUUGCUGAUUCUGCUAUUAAUAAUAUAUAAUGUCAUAGAGUUCCAGGCGAGUAAACGUUUCUUUUCUAGA